AUGUCUGACUAUCUCACAAUAGCAGAUCUAGGAGAUCUAUACAUAGCUACAUUUGAUGCUCGAACCAAGUGGAGAAACUUCUUGCUAGUUCUUAAAAUACCCUCGGAUACCAUUGACAGCAUUGGUACGAAAUGGCGAGAUAAUCCUGAUGAGUGCUAUCGUGAGGGUUUGAAAGAAUGGCUGAAAGGUGGUGAGAGAAGCUGGGAAGAUGUUGUCAAAGCUUUGUCAAGUCCCAUCGUGGGUGAAGCUCACAUAGCCAGGACCAUCGAGAAAGAUCAUCCUUGUGCAAGCAAUCCUAAAAGAAUAAAAUUACAAAUUGACGAAAACCGCCAGAAGAUCAACGAUGAUCUAACUGUUUUCUUAGACGAACGACUCGGUAGUGGUGCAUUUGGAGCAGUCUUCAAAGGCAGCUUCAAGGGUAAUCUUUGUGCUAUCAAACUUCUACAUCACAUUGCUAUGGAGAUGCAGGCAAGUAUUCCAGUCGGUAAAAACGAAGAAGCUAGCGAUGCAAUUGAUCGUGAGAGUGAUUUUCUCAAGUCGUUCCAUCACCCAAACGUUGUUCAGUUUUUGGCGACUGCUAAGCACCCCAAAUCAGGUGGUACAAUCCUCGUUGUUGAGCUGAUGGAUUGCAAUCUGAGAUCCUAUUUCUCUGGCCUUGAUGAAGAGUCCCUCACUAGCGAAUGUGAAAUUAGCCUCAUCAAAGACAUGGCUUGUGGUCUGGCCUACAUUCACAGCAAGCAGAUUAUCCACCGUGACCUCUGUGGCGAUAACGUCUUGCUAAAGCUAACACAGCCAGUGCCUAUCGCAAAAAUUUCCGACUUUGGUAUGUCACGGCUAUACGAUCCCUCCAAGUUUAGCCACACCCUCACGGCCGUUAGUCACCGUAUGGGGUAUCUACCUCUCGAGGCUAUUCGAUUGGACAAGGAGAAUUACGAUAAUAGCGUCGAUGUUUUUUCCCUUGGGGUGAUUAUGGUACAGAUUGUUCGCAAGCUGAAGACGGUCAAAUCUGUGGAAGAUCGAUCAUUCUAUGUUUCUCAGAUCCCUCACACACACAGGUUGAGGAAGCUUAUCGACAGUUGCUUGCAAGAAGACAUGGGGAAGAGACCAUCUGCCAGGGACAUCUAUGCUUCACUGACAAGCGACUCUGACACAGUGGAGGCAACAAAGAGCAAGUCAAAGGGCACUCAACCAGUCAAGAAGGGUCCCCCUCCCAGAGAGUUGAGAUCUCCACUCACUCUGAAAUGGAGAAGAGGAAAAGACAUGCCAAUGAAGAUGAGCACCUCGGUACAGAGUGUUGUUAUCAGUUACAUGGUGUAUGUUGGUGGAGGUGAUGCAGACAAUGAUCGUGACAGGUGUACAGUGAUGAAGCUUGAGCAAGAUAAAUGGACCGAACUCCCAGAGUACACUGCCAAGUACUUCGCUAUGAUAUCACUCGCUAAUCGACUAGUGCUGGUGGGAGGAUUUGAUAUAAGAAACAAAAACCGUACGAAUCAGCUUGCAGUGUUUGAGUCAGGAGAAUGGACUCACCCGUACCCACUAAUGAAAAUUGCUCGUUCUUCCUCAACAGCUGUCUCCUUCAACAACCACAUAAUUGUAGCUGGUGGGCGUGAUGAUAAAGGACGUACCUCCUCUGUAGAGGUGUUGGUCGUGGCAUCAAGAAAAUGGUACCUUGCUCAGUCACUACCUAACCCACAAUCAGUAUUGAAAUCAACUCUCAUAGGAAACACCCUCUACCUAAUGGGAGGGCGGGAUCACGCGCACUAUGUCGACCUCAGUGAACUCAUUGCAAAAGCCCUUUCCAACCUGGACACACCCACUCUCUGGCAGACCUUACAGGAAGUACCACUCGUGUGGUCAGCUCCUCUCAGUAUUGGGAGGUCACUAUUAUCCGUUGGUGGAGAGGACGACGGAGGCAAUCCAAGUUCAUCGAUCCACCUCUACCAGCCUGACACUAGGAGGUGGGUGAAAGUGGGAUACCUGCCUACUGCACGAUACCACUGCACAUGCUCAGUACUUCCUAGUGGAGAGAUCAUUGUAGCCGGAGGACAGACAGAUCCAUCUAUUUUUAUAAACACAGUUGAUUUCUUCUUUAUAAGUGCUAAUUAGUUAUUGUCUCUUUAUAAUGUAACAUGCAGUUGUGCAUUGAGUAUCAUGUUCUCUACAAAAACAAUUAUAUUUUAGUUAC